AUGACUGAGAUCAGUAGUACAUCCAUCAAAGAUAAAUGUGGCCUGAAGCUCGAUAUCAAGGUGCCCACGUUCAUAUUUGAAGACAAUGCAGCAUGCAUAGCUCAAUCAAAAGGAGGCUUUAUAAAGGAAGAUAGAAUGAAGCACAUCUCUCCAAAGUUCUUCUUCACACAUGAUCUCCAGAAGAAUGGUGCUAUUGAUGUACAACAAAUCCGUUCAAGUGGCAAUCUAGUAGAUUUGUUCACCAAGUCUUUUCCAACUUUAACUUUUGAGAAGAUGGUAUACAAGAUUGAAACGCGAAGGCCGAAUCAAUUGAAUUGGGAUCUUCAUCAGGGGGAGUAA